GCCUCACUGUCAAUCAUGUCUGGUCGUGGCAAGCAAGGAGGCAAGGCCCGCGCCAAGGCCAAGUCGCGGUCGUCUCGCGCCGGCCUGCAGUUCCCGGUGGGCCGAGUGCACCGGCUGCUGCGCAAGGGGAACUACGCCGAGCGGGUGGGGGCGGGCGCGCCGGUGUAUAUGGCGGCGGUGCUGGAGUACCUGACGGCGGAGAUCCUGGAGCUGGCGGGGAACGCGGCCCGAGACAACAAGAAGACGCGCAUCAUUCCCCGCCAUCUCCAGCUGGCCAUCCGCAACGACGAGGAGCUCAACAAGCUGUUGGGCAAAGUCACCAUCGCCCAGGGCGGCGUCCUGCCCAACAUCCAGGCCGUUCUCUUACCAAAGAAAACUGAAAGCCACAAAGCCAAAAGCAAAUAAAACCCUGACAAGCCAAAGACCAAAGGCUCUUUUUAGAGCCACCCAAGUUUUCAAAAAAAGAGCUAAUGCGCUAUUCCGUUAUCAGCCCCUCCGUUGACGUUUUGGUGGCUCUUAAAAGAGCCUUUGGGGUUAGUGGGGACGGUCUCGACCUUCCUAAUUACUUGUUCUUGCCAGGCUUGUGACUCUCCGUUUUCUUGGGCAACAAGACCGCCUGGAUAUUGGGCAGGACGCCGCCCUGAGCAAUGGUGACACCCCCAAGUAACUUGUUGAGCUCUUCGUCAUUUCUCACGGCUAGCUGCAAA